UUAUCAGAUAAUUGGUUGGACGAUUGACAUGUAUGAAUUCAGGCGAAUCUGACAAAUCAAAAUUCGGUGGACGUGGCAUUACUCUUAAUUUGAAUUUAAAUACAUUAAUUAAGCUCUAAUUACACAAAAAUGGUGGGAGAAGGAGGGGGGUUUAUAUGACUUCCCCACCAUACUGCAUUAUUGAAUUUCACUUUCACUUCACAUGAGACCUCAUCUCUCUCCUCUGAUUCACAUUCCUUCAUGCACUCACUCAAUUCAAGCCCUCUCUUACCUUCCUCUCAACCCCCAAACUCUCCUCCAAUCCCUGAAACCAUUUUCUUCUUCAUCCUCCGACCAAAAACCCAAAUGGAACUCGAAAACCACUCUCAUCAUCAACAACCCAACUCUUCUAAUCAUGGAGUCAUGCGAUUCCAUGUUCCAAUUGAAGCAAAUUCAAGCUCAUAUGACACGAACUGGCCUCAUAUUUCACCUCUUCCCAGUAAGCCGAGUGUUGUCCUUCUGUGCUCUUGCCGAUACCGGUGACAUACACUAUGCGCAUGUUCUGUUUUCGCAGAUUUCCGAACCCAAUGUUUAUAUGUGGAAUACAAUGAUCAGAGGGUACUGUAAAGCUCAGAUUCCUGUAAUGGGUUUCUCUUUGUUUCGAAGAAUGGUUCAAGAACGGGUCGAAGUGGAUAGGCGAAGCUUCGUGUCUGUUCUCAAGGCGUGUGAGAUGUUUCGAGGAUUUGAAUUGGGAAAGUCGGUCCAUUGUCGAAUUUGGAAGGUGGGUUUUACUUCUGAUUUGGUUGUGCAAAAUGGGUUGAUUCAUUUUUAUGCGAAUGAUGAGUGUUUGAUCUAUGCAAGACAAGUGUUCACUGAAAGUCCUGAGAGGGAUGUUGUUUCUUGGACCACAAUGAUUGAUGGGUAUGCACAGAAAAAUGAGUGUGAUGAGGCUUUGAAGCUCUUCGACUUAAUGUUGGAAAGUGAUGUUGAACCCAAUGAGGUUACGAUGAUCACGGUGCUCUCAGCAUGCUCUAAAAAGGGGGACAUAGGCCUUGGGAAAUCUAUUCAUGAGUAUGUGAAAAUGACGAAUGUUAAUUGUACUCUAACUUUGAUCAAUGUUUUGGUGGAUAUGUAUGUGAAGUGUGGUUGCUUGGCUACAGCUAGAGAGAUUUUUGACAAGAUGGAAACUAAGGAUGUAUUCUCAUGGACAAGUAUGAUAAAUGGUUAUGCCAAAAAUGGGGAGUUGGAUUUAGCAAGAAAGUGUUUCGAUGAAAUGCCCAAGAGAAAUAUAGUGUCAUGGAAUGCAAUGAUUGCUGGAUAUUCACAAAACAAUCGCCCAAAGGAAGCUCUAGAGCUUUUUCAUGAGAUGGAGAAAGGAGGUUUGGUUCCCAUAGAGAGUACUUUGGUGUGUGUGCUCUCUGCUUGUGCUCAAUCGGGUUGUUUGGAUUUGGGUCAACAAAUUCACCACUACUACAUCGGCCAAAGGCGGAUUAAACUUAGUGUAAUUCUAGCAAACGCAUUUAUGGACAUGUAUGCUAAAUGUGGAAACAUUGAUGCAGCUGCAGAGCUUUUCAAUGAAAUGCAAGAGAGAGAUUUGGUUUCUUGGAAUUCCAUGAUUGUUGGAUGUGCCUCUCAUGGGCAUGCUGAGAAGGCCCUAAUCCUUUUUGAGCAAAUGCAAAAUAUGGGAUUCAAGCCUGAUGACAUCACAUUUGUGGGAAUCUUGUCGGCCUGUAGUCAUGGUGGGUUUGUUGCCCAAGGUCGAGAGUAUUUUCAAAAAAUGGAGAGGGCUUUUGGAAUGAAGCCCAAAGUGGAACAUUAUGCAUGCAUGAUAGAUUUACUUGGUCGAAUUGGGCUCCUUGAAGAAGCGCAUGCAUUGAUAACAAAGAUGCCAAUGGAACCUGAUGAAGCCGUUUGGGGUGCCCUCCUUAAUGCAUGUAGGAUGCAUGGAAAUGUUGAGCUAGGUAAGCUUGCGGCUGAUAAGCUAUUACACUUGAACCCUAACGACAGUGGCAUUUAUAUACUCCUUGCGAGUAUAUGUGCUAAUAAGCAAAGAUGGGUUGAUGUACGUUUGGUUAGGAGUAUGAUGAGAGAGAGGGGUGUCAAGAAGACUCCUGGACGUAGCUCUAUAGAGGUGGAGGGUGUGGUUCAUGAAUUUUUGGCUGCAGAUGAAUCGCAUCCUCAAUCCAAAACUAUAUAUGAAGUAUUGUAUGAAUUAGGCUUGCUCUCAGAAUUGGAGAAUUCUGCAUCAAUUACCAUCCAACCAAUUUAGUUUCAUUAGGAGAAUGUUGAUUCAAUAGUCUAAUCUGUGACUUAAACAAAUAACACUUUCCCAUCGAGGCAAUGGUGAUUGGUGACAUCUGGGCGAUUGUUUUGAAAUACUGAUGGUGGUGUGUACUACUCUCAUGAGAACAAAGCCAAUCCGGUGAAGAGUGUUUCAAACAAAUACAUAGGAUUCAACAAAGCUGCACCUCUGUGGAAGUAUUGAAGGGGAUACCGCCUUGUUCUGUAAGUAUGUAGCUGACCAAAUGCAUGAUGCAAUUGACUGUACCUUGGGUUUCUCCUGUGAAGAGUAUGAAUCCUAAUUAUGCACAGUCAAUCAAACACAAUGUCCAAAGAUUUGCGCCCUUAAUUGUUAACCUCUGUUGUAUAGCCCAUUGUUAAAGGAAUCAUACAACUGACAUUAUAUACAGUUUUUGUACCUUGAUAAGAGUACAUAUUUUGUUGUUGAAGUGAUAGACAAUUUUUGAUAUGGUGGAAGUUUCCUUUUCAAAUUCA